GAGGGCCAGCACUUUAAGGAGUACGCGGUGGCUCGCGACUUCGACGCGGAGAAGUUCCACCUCAAGACUUCCGAGCUGGAGGCAACCAAGGCUGGCAAGACUUUGUGGGCGUGGCUGUGGUCCACCUCUACCAGGCCGGCGGAGCGGGCUCGGGAGUUCGGGUCUGAGUCGGAGACCGAUACGAAACCCUGCGGGGCUCACCGCGUCAAGUGGGUCGAUCGUGAUGGAGACCAUCGGCUUGUCGGGGCACCUUGCAAGCUUGGCGGGACCAACGUGUGCCCGCUGUUGGUGGAGGACCGCCUGGACGAGGCAGGGGAGGUGGCAAUGUGCCCCCAGCAUGCCUUCGACUACGAACGAAGGAGGCGGGUUCAGAAGUGCUUCGCGGCCGGAUGCUCACAUGCCGGGAUCGAGGACGAUGAGGAUCUUCGCCGGUCGGACCCAGGUGACGGUGACGAUCCUGAGGAACCAGAGCUUCCUCCCCGAGGGCAUCCUCCCACGAAAGAGAUCAAGCGUCUCCUCGACGAGAUUCGCACCGAGGUCGGGGCGGCAAAGAAGGCAAGGGACAAGUCCCCGGGCGGCACCCCGAAAUCCAGCAUCCAAAAGAACUUGGCCAAGCUCGGGCUGCUGGAUUCUCCUCAGCGCGAACACCCGCUCUCCAUUCUGGAGGAGUUCUUCAACCAGUUCGCGGAGGGCAAGGAGAUGGGUCUGACGGAGGAGAUCACUCAGGGGCUUCUGAAGCAGGCCCUGGAGGAGCAGGCUAAGGGCCAGCGGGGCUUGUCGAAGUUCGUGAGGGUUGUGGACUCGCCGGAUCGGGCCCUACCUGUUGCACCGCCCGGGCCUCCACCAGCUCUUCGAAUCAGUAACCCAGGCAUCUACGGGGUGGAGGAUCGCAAGGCGGGCGCAGUGGAGGGUGCAUCUUCUUUCGAGUCCAUCGCCAAGGCCAUUCAGUCCCAGUCGGCGGAGAUUGCUUCCUUGGUGAAAUCUCACGCGGAGAGCGCGGCACUCCCGCCCGGCACGGUGAAGGGGCUCAACAGGACCUCCGAGGAGCUCGUCUUCCUGCUCCGGGCGUGCAAUCAGUACCACGCCGUCGUCGGGGCAGGGGAGCAGGGACAGGCCUUGGCGAACGCUUUGUUGUCAGCUCAGGUUGGGGCUUCCACGAAGCUGAGGAAGGCCGGCUUCAAGCAGAAGGUCACGACCCGUCUCGUCGUGGGUUUGGCGGGACCUUACUGGGGCAUCUCCGAGAAGCACUCGCUGGCGGCCGCAGACUUUGUCCCGCAGACCGAUGCAGAGCUGGACGCCUACGUGAUGGAGAUCCGCGCAAACAAGACGGGCAACGACCAAAGGCCCCCGCCCCCUACGAGGCUGGAAGAUUGGGAAGGGCGAGUUCGUCGACAGAACGACGUUUGGUCGUUAGUCUAUGGGGCAGAGUGGAAGCCGGUCCGUGGCCACGCCUUGGAGCUUCUUCUGGAAUGGCAUCAAGGAGAGCCUCACAAGUGGCCCCUCACCGUCAUCAUGGAGGUGUGGGAGGAGUUGCACUGGCGGUUCUUCGAGGAGCUCAAGGAGACCCUGAGGUUGCUGAAGAAGGAAGCGGGCCGGGAGACGAUGUCGUUGCAGGACUUGAAGUUUCAUGCGUUGCUGCCGAACUCGAGUGGUACUGCGUGGCUGGAGCUGCCAAGGACCUUUGAUCUUCGCAGGCCCGACGGCUGGUUCUCGUCAGAGGUGCUUCCGCGCAUCGAACGACGCCAAGAGCGUAUGCUGUGGCGCCUCACCUGGGAAGGGGGCCGCGGCGGUAAGCCUACAGGCUCAGCCCACGCAGGUGGCGACACAAGGCCCGACCCGGCAGCGAAGCCCAACCUCCGAAACCUUUGGGGCCCAAAGCUUACGCCGGAGGAGGUCAAUCGGGCCAAGGAGCGCGCGCCCCUCGAUAAGGAGGGCGUAUUGCUGUGCUGGGGGGCUCUCACGCACAUGGGCUGCAACAACCCGUCGUGCCAGCGAUCUCAUGCGGACUUGCAGGGAAAGUUCGAGACGUUGGAGCCGUGUGUCCAGAUGCAGUUGCUUCGGCGCGGAGGACUUCGGCGCAUGAAGUGCGAGACCCGGGAGAGCGUCGCAGAGAAGAUCAAAGCAUUGAGGGCCGGCGUGGUGAAGGACCGGGCCAGCAAGCUGGAGGGUCGGAAGUCAGGGCAGGCUACGGAAGCGGAGGAUAAGCCAGCGAGUACUCGUGCAGGUGGCGAGGCGGCCGUGCCCAUCGAGAUCCCCGCGGAGUUCGGCAUCGUGGAUUUCACUACCGCUGAGGAGGAGCUACGUGAGGCUUUGAAGGGGCCCGAUGCGUGCUGGUUGGAGGCUGUCGACAACCCGCAACACGUCCUUGAAGCCGCCAAGGGUGAUUCAGCGCCCCAGCAAGCUAAGGACCUUGUCGCAAAGGCGGAGGGCAUGCUCGCGGGCCCAGUUUUGGGUCACCUGCAGGAGGCGUCGGACGACUUGUUUGCGUGGGCCGCCACCCGAGCUGCGCAGGCCCCUGAGGCCAGCUUGGAGGAGAUCCUGGGCGACAUGGCCACCUACGGCUUGGGGGACCUGGCGGCGGAGGCUUCGCGCAUCCUGGAAGCCAAGUGCGAGCACAGGGCAGGCUCCGUGGGGGGCAUCGUGGUCUCAGAUAUCGUUUGGGAGCCUGGCCAACCCGGGCGAGGAACAGCGGUCAUUGAGGGCGCCACCUGGACGGUUUGGGACUACAAGGAAGAGGUCCUCAUGUCGGACGAGUUGGCAGCAAUGCUUCGUCAACCGGAGGAGGGCGUGGAGCGACGCCAGUGCGUGACGAAAGCAGUCGCAGCCGGUGUGGUCUGGAGGUGUUUGGCGAGGAGGCCCACCAUUGCCGAGGUCGACGAGAAGUCGCUGUGCUUGCGCCUGGAGCAGACGCGUCAGGCCUUGGAGGCUCUAAACAUGAUGGGCGAGCCGGCCCCAAGGGUCGCACCAAUUGAGGCCGAGAUCCGGGUCUACACCCACGACAUCGUCAGGGCCAGCCACGACAAGGACUUUCGGUCGCUGGCGGUGUUCCCGUUGCAGGAGCUGGAGGACUGCAAGAUGAUCGUGAUCCGGGCUGACUACAAGGGCGACGUGGUAGUCGAGACGGUGACCGGGCCCUUAUGGCAGCCCAAUGGGUGGACUUUGUGGACGCUUAUUUGGCGUGGUCAUAUGGUCUACCUCGAGCCCCCGGAGUCCCUGGAGGCGAACACGUUCUUGGACCGGUGGCAGCCCUACGAUACCCCCGCCCUGGGUUUCCUCUUCUUCUGGCAUUCUCGUCACGACCAGGAGCCGACCGCUUCGGGUGCAGUGUCCUGUCGCCUUUGCAAAGGACGCAAGGCUGGCGACGUGGUGUGUUCACUCCGACGUGACAGCAACCUUGCGGCGGCAGCCAUCGUCGGGUGCAUCAAGGCCGGCGCGCAACCACUUCGAGAUCCAGUUUGUGUCCGGGGUCCUCACUUGUGCCUCCAGGAGGUGUUUGCGGGUUUUGGGGUGAUGACCAAGGCGUGGGCGGCUGCGGGCCUCAGGGUGAUGACGCCAAUUGAGGUUUGUGCGGACCCCGCCACCAAGAGUGGCUACCGCGCUGAGCAUGACGUGUCUUUGCCCGAGGUUCAAAAACGUCUACUUUACGCGGCCAAGGACGGGCAGGCCAAUGUGUGGUGGCUCGCACCCCCGUGCACGAGCUUCUGUGACUGGGGGCUGGAGAACGGGGGGACGCGGACUUUCAAGUUUCCGACGGGGGGCACGGAGGAUGCACCCCCACUUGACUCCGAGAUCACAGGCAACAUGUUGAGCAAGGUCGCGGCCGAGAUCUUCUUGCAAGCGCUUCGCGGAGGCGGCUUUCCCAUUGUCGAGUCGACGGCGCGAUCCGGCCGCUACCCCAAGAUGUGGGACCUACCAUGGUGGAAGGAGAUCCUGGCCCGCCCGGAUGUUCAGUUUGUGGAGUUUCCUAUGUGUGCCUUUGGGUUGGGCCCCGAGGACGAGGAUGGCUACUACCACCACCGCACCCGGGUCGCUUUUCGGAAGUGUGACACGCUUGCAGCGGCGCUCUCGCGCAGGUGUCCUGGCGUCGGGGCGGCUCAUCGUCAUGUACCUCUUCGCGGCAACCGGAAAGGCUCCUUGCUGUCCCGCUGCGCUGAGGCUGGCCGCUACUGCCCUGAGUUCACGCGGGUGGUGGUGUCGACCCUGCAACAGGUUUUGGUUCCGGGGGGGGGAGAGGACAGUAGCAUUCUUGCGAAUGGCGCGCCACAGGAGGAGGAAACUCGCGCCGGAGGCACACACCGCAGUUUCGACCACUUGCACCACCCGAGGGAUUUGGGCCACUAUGCUGGCUGGCUGGAUGAGCUGGACGGCGUGGAGGACGUUUUCACCUAUGAGGACAUCCCGACCUCCGGGGUGUUGGGACCGUGGUCGGCCGAGGACACGCGCGCAGGAAGCAUGGAGUACCACGCCCCGUCGGAGCAGGCCAAGGCAAAGGCCAAGCAUUACAUCGACCUCGCGAAGAAAGGGGGCCCCGGAACGCUACCUGGUCAGUUCCUUUGGGUUUUCCGGGUCGCCGGGCGAGUGGACUGUGUGGGGAAAGAUCUCAGCUGGGGCUUUGAGAGCCGUAUUCUAGUCGACGACAACGUGCUGGUGGAGCCGUGGAUAGGUCUGCGACCGUGGGUCGCCGGCGAAGUCUACGAGGCCGGUGUGAAGCUCAUGCUGGGCGAAGCCGCGGUGAACAGGGAAAAGGAUCUUGUGGAGGGCCCUUUUCGCACUUUCCAGACGGUCUGGGGUUUGGACAUGGACACGGCCACCGAGGAGAUCCACCUUCCAGAGCGGCGCAUCCUCAAGGGGGCCAACCUUCUGUGCGAGGCGGCUUUCGAGUACGGCUCCAAGGACCUCACGGUCAGGAUGCUCCAGCGCUUCCGAGGGAUCACCACGGGAUGGACGGUCAUCGCGCGCGGCCUCAAGAACGAGCUCAAGGCCGCAGACCGGUUUCUGGGCACGGAGAGUGAGGGAGGCGCCCGGGUGAGACCAAAACUGGCCGUGCACGACGAUGCCGAGGAGGAGGACAACGCUUGGCGCGAUCUGUGGGAGCUCUUCGAGGAGGUGCGUUGGCUUUGCACCCGACCAGAGACCUGGCCCACGAAGUUUGGCGCGGGCUUGAAGGAGUUGUUGCCCCCUCGGGAGCGGUUAGCCUUGGCUGGCGAGUGGGAUGCAGGGACCGUCUUCGUGUCGUCGGAUGCUACCAAGGUUAAGAUCGCGGCGAUCGACUGGACCAAUGGUGUGGCUAUGCGAAUGUCGGCUGCCAGUGCCGCCGCUUGGGUCCAGCGAUGUCAGGAGGGGGACGAGAUCGCCAUUCACGUCGCGGAGAUGUUGUCUUUCUUGGCUUUCGCUUGCCAUUUGGGGCCUCGAUGGAGCGGCAGAGUGGUGCUGUAUGGUGGCGACAAUAAGAUAGUCCGGGAGUGGAUGGCCAGCCGAAAGGCCAGCACCGCAGUGGGACGCUUGCUGGUCAGAGUACUGAACCUGCUUGAGAUGAGGUUUCGCUUCAACUUGCUACCGGCUUGGUGGCGGACCUACCACAACAUCCACGCGGACUUUCUGACGCGAUGCACAGAUGCAGAGUUCUCAGAGCUGGUUCGUGAGAAAGGUUGGGAGGUCGUCGAUGUCAAGCAGGCCUUGCAGCAGGCGGUGGUCGACUCAGAGCGUUUCGGCCCGUGCCUUUUGGCCUGGCACGGGCCGAUGAGUCGCUUGGUCGCCGACUUCUACGACGCGGUGACCGCUGCAGGGGGGCAAGCGAGGCGAGCCCCAAUGAAGGGCCCGGUCGAGCGGGAUGAGAUCGCCAUGGUGUCGAUGCCUCCGGACGUGCAAGGCCAAGCUGUGGAGGCAGUCGUUCAUGCUGGAAUCCAAGGUCCUGCAAGCUUGCUUUUGAUGGAGGGCCCGCGCGGUGUGAACUGGGACCGAGGUGUGGAGCUACUGGAACAGGCCGGGUGGCGCUACGACCUGGCGGAGUUCGUGACCACUGAGUUCGGCGAAGUCGCGGCGAGGAGGCGAGUGUGUUUGCUCGCGUCCCCGGAGUUUGACCUCGACGGCGCCUUUGGGGCUACUACCUGCCGGGGCAUCUUGGGCCCCCCGAUGAGUUCCGCCUUGAAGCCCACUCGUUUGGUGAGUCAGGAAUGCUGGCUCUAUCCGGAGCGGAUUGUCGUGGACGCGGGGAUCCCGCGCGAGCCUCUGCUUCCCUUUCUGAAGGGGCACUUUUGGCAUGAUGGCCAAAGGUUCAACCUGGUGAGCACUGGCGGCCCUCUUCGAUGGCCUUUGAGAGAAGGAGAGGGCGUUCAAGAAAGCGUGGUCUGGGAUGCACGGGGGCCACCAGGUGCUGUUCGACGUCUUUUACCUGAGGAAGUCUGGGCGUGCCAAGGCCGGGCCGUGGAACGCUGGAAUCAACUGCGAGCAGAGGAUGUACCCGCGGGCCGCUUGCUGGCUGAAGGUGCUCGGGCAACCGGGGGGCAAACAGCAGCGGCCCUCACCUUUUGGCAGCGUACUUGGCUGGCGACGGUGUCAAAGCUGGUGGCACCCGAGAUGGAAGCGAGGCCUCUUCCCAAGGCGUGCCCGCAGGACCAUCGAGGAUCGGCCUGUCAGGGACCUUCGCCAGUUCGACCGGAUGUCUGGCGGUGGGGCGAAGCUUUGUGGCUGUCGGACUCCAGCGACGAGGACGAGUUCGUCGUGGAAGGCGGGCAGGAAGCUGGGCGAGCCGGUGGGCGCAAACCCGCCCGACGCGAGAAGGCCAUCGCCGCAGUGGGCGAAGCCGCAGUGGAGGCCUACCACGACCUGGGCGGGCCGUUCGAAGGGGAAGUCGGUGCCAGGGUCGACGAGUGGAUCGAGGACAAUCUGUGUGGCUAUUUGGCGGAGAGCACCACCAAGCAGUACGCGGGCAUCUACGGGAAGUGGCGAGCUUGGGCGCGUCGACAGGGAUGGCCCACAGAGUACCUCGACAAGGCCCUCGCGGUGGAGGAGAACGAGAACAAGUUGCUGGGCUUCCUCGGCUACAUGGGCUGGCUUGGGGCUUCUCCGGCGACUUUGAAGCAGGCCGUCUUUGCGAUCAAGGAUGGACACAAACGGGGGGGCCAGGGCGACCCUACAGACAGAAUGUUUCGUCUGUGGAUGCUCCUCGGCGCUCUUGACCGAAAAACGCCGAAAGCACCCAGGCGCUUGGGCGUGACACCUGAAAUGAUCAAGUGGAUCACCGAGGCCUUUGAGACCAACCGGGACACGCCGGCGCAGGAGAAGUUCGACGCGAUUAUGCUCAAGGCGGCGGUGCUCAUGGCCUGGUUCUUCAUGCUGCGUGCCAAGGAGUACUGCGAGUCGAACGGCAUCGACUACGGCAUGAUUCUGCGGGGCGCGGACAUUAAGUUCCUCGACCAGGCGGGCGAUGAUGAGGCGAAGGGCAUCACCAUGCAGUUCAGGAAGACGAAGACCGACCAGGAGGCCUACGGGACGUGCAAGACGAUGUACGAGUCGGGAGUGCCGGGCAUCUGUGUGGUUCGAGCCCUCAACGACUACAAGAACCUUGCCCCCCAACGUUUCGGGAACGGCGCUGAGGCGCUUCAACCGCUGUUCCGGUGGUCCGGGGGGCAAGUUUUGAAGCGGACCCAGGUGCAGGAUUUGCUGCAGCGAGCGGCAAAAGGCAUCGGGCUUCCACCUGAGCGCUUCAGGUCGCACUCCUUGAGGAUUGGUGGCGCCUCUGCUCUUUUCCAGGCCACCGGUGAGAUCGAGUUGGUGAAGCGGACCGGGAGAUGGUCGUCGUCGGCGGUUCAAAAGUACCUUCACGACGGUGUCACGGCCUUGAAGAGCGCCGCGGCAAAGAUGGCUCGUGUUGAGCAGAAGAUCCACUACACGUAA